UCUUUGUUUCUUUUGUUUCCUCUCGAGGAAUUGGUGUAUUUGUGGUGAAUCUCCUUUUGAGGGGGGUACAUUGUUGUGUGCGUCGGGGUUCUAUAGUUUAUGGUCUGUACAUUGUUUUUCGCGUGUCCAUCUGGGAUAACCUGCUAGUCGAAGUACAUAGCUACGGGAAGCCCGUAACUGCCGAGCAGAACGGAGCCUGAUGUUCAGGAGGUUCUGCGUGCAAGUUUUGUCAGUUUUUGGUGGUAAAGGAGUCUAGAAUAAUUGUCUCCGGGGUGUAAUGCAGGAUACUAUGAUAGGAUUUCAAUCUUGCGUGGAUUGACCCGAUCCGUAAUUUUUAAUUUUCUACUGUUAGACGUGUCAUUUAGGAUCGUUUUUGGACAGAGUGUGGUUUUCUUUGGAAGAACAAAUUUUCCCAAAGUGCCGAUCUAGGGUUAUAUGCACGCUCUUGUCUAUAUUAUCUAAAAGCGUAGUAUAAUAAUGUGGUAUCUCGUUGAUUAAUUUUUUUGUUUUCCAUCGAUGCUGAAGUACAUCAGCUCACAAGUGUUUCAUAUUAAAAGAAUCUUAUCGGAGGACAGACAUCCUCUUCAAGUUGGACACUGUUUGGGUAGCAAAUGUGAACUAAAUUUUAUUGUCAGUUGGAUAGGUUUACAUUAUUGCGAUUGUUAUUGUGAGCGUUUAAGUAACUUGCGUAUUUCCACUUAAGGAAAAGGUAAUCUUUUUAAUUUACCAGAAAAUGCACAAGAAUCCAAAUGUAAUUGGAUUAGGAUAUUGUGAAGCUCUGAUGAAUUAGACAAUAAUUUUUCCAAGCUGGGAACUGUGAGGUCCUCAAUUUUGACACUGAUUUUCCCAGAAUAGACUCCAGAAGAUGUUUAGGAUACCGGGCACACAUCAGAUAUACGAUCAGUUCUACGAAGUUGUUACCAGAGAAUUUACCAAAUGAAACUCAGCUACUUCUAUUUGCGCUUUAUAAACAGGCAACUCUGGGGCCUUGCACGCUAAAAAAGCCUUGGGGCUGGCAAGUUGUUGAACACGCAAAAUGGACAAGUUGGAAUCAUCUAGGGAAUAUGAACUCCUUGGAAGCUAUGAGACUUUUCGUUCGGUCAGUGGAGGAAAUUGACCCCAACUGGUGUGCGAAAGAGCAAUCUCAAAGUGUGCAAGUUUUGGAAGACACCGCCGCUGUUGAGUCUGCUUCCAAGGAACUCACCAAGCUCCUUUUGGAAAAAGACAUGCCUAGUCUACCCAAAGUGAUGAAUCCAAUUGUUACUAACGGUAAACAUGAUCAAGUUGAGGACUUGUCAUUUUCUGAGAAGGUAGACUUCAAUCAAUCCGAGACACCAAGAAUGCCUGAGAUGGAAAGGCCAGUUGCAGAAGGUAUUGAUGCAAUCACAACCUACCUUGAGUGGGUACCAGUAAUCGUAACAGGUCGAAAGCCACUUGCACGCUAUCAGCACGCAGCAGCGGUAGUAGAAGGCAAGCUUUACGUUAUUGGGGGGAACCAUAAUGGUCGCUACUUGAACGACGUACAGGUGCUCGACCUGAAGAAACUGAGUUGGUCAAAGGUAGACACCAAAGUUCCAGAGUCUCCACUCUCCUCUCAUCGGGAUCUUCAGCCUUGGUUUCCUCAGUGUGCUGGACACCGGCUCAUAAGGUGGGGAGAGCUGCUGCUUGUAGUAGGAGGCCACGCUAAACCUGGUGCUGACACUGUGACUGUUCAUGCCUUUGACACCCACUCCUUGUCAUGGACGAAGUUGGAAGUGUAUGGCCAAGCACCUGUUUCUCGCGGAGGGCACUCUGUGACUUUGAUUGGGUCACAGUUAUAUAUGUUUGGAGGGGAAGAUCCGAAACGGCGGUUGUUGAAUGAUCUGAACAUUCUAGACUUGGAAACAAUGACUUGGGAAGCGGUGACUGCUUCUGGAGCCUGCCCAUCUCCAAGAGCGGAUCAUGUAGCGACAGCCUACAGAGAUAAAUGUAUCUUUGUUUUCGGAGGUGGUUCUCACUCUGAUUGUUAUAACGAUCUGCAUGCGCUUGACCUUGAGACCAUGGAGUGGGCAUCUGUACCAACGAAAGGAAUAUCACCAAGACCAAGGGCGGGACAUGCUGGUGCGACUCAUGGUGAUAAUUGGUUUAUCGUUGGAGGUGGAGAUAAUACAGGUGCUAUUUCUGAGACAUUGGUUCUGGAUAUGAUCACUCAGUCGUGGUCUAUUCAGGGUGUUAUUCAAGGAAACAGCGCUGUUGCCAGUGAGGGCCUGAGUGUUGAAGUCUCAGGAAACGCGUUAUUGGCCUUUGGUGGAUACAAUGGUUAUUUUAAUCAUGAGGUACAUGCUUACGUUCUGGAAUCACCGCAGUCUCAAGAAACAGGAAACCGGAUGCUUCCAGCGGAUGCGGGGGUGGAGAUCAAGCAGAAUACCACGUCCCUUGGUGAUAGGGACUCUUCGUCUGAUUCUGGAGAGAUUGUUGAACCAAGUGCCCUAGACGAAGAAUCAGAUGCGACAACUAUGGAAGCGAAUUCAGUCGUGGAGGAAGACUCACCAGCCACAUCUAGAAGAGGGACUCCUCGAAACGAUGAAUUUGAGCAGCAUUUUCAAAUGACAUCAGGUUCUCGAAAUGAUGGACUUGAGCAGUUGCGGAUGGCGGCCCGGGCUGCACAAGCUGAGGUGGAGAAGCUCAAAGUGGAAAAUGCUGCGGCUCUUUCUUCUUUGGCCGAUGUUGAGCAGGAGCUUCUCUCGGUUCGCAGUCAGCUGCAAGGUGAACAGUCUAGGUCCUUCCGGCUUGAAGUGGAGAUUGCAGAGCUGAAACAGAAGUUGAGUUCAAUGGAUGCUUUACAGAAGGAGCUGGACCUGCUUCAGCGACAGAUACCUACUUCUCAUAAAGUAGCUAGCGAAGCAGCUCAAAAAGAAAGCAAGUCUGGUGUUUGGGGUUGGCUGGCAGGCGCCCCUCCUGCUCCCAGGUACGAUUAGCUUCAGCUUAGCGUGCGCUUCGUUUGUAGAGCGCUGGAGCUACCAUUUACUGACACCUUAGCAGUAUAUGGCUUAUUGUGAUACAACCGGUAUAUUUGGUACAUAUUUAAUAAUUUGCCACGGGCAACUGGGUUGCUCUAUUAUGGCUGUUUGAGAAUCAGCCAACAGAGACGAAGGGAUGCUGUUAUUUUUGCAUAGUUUCGCAGGUUACCUUCUGAGUUUAUGUUAGAUUCCUUGUUUAUGCGAACAGCAUUAUUGAUCAUAUUCUUUUAUACAGCACCCUAGUUGGAGGUAGAGUAAGAUGUAGACGUAGAUUAAUUUGUUGCCACCGACGUCAGUUAGCUGCUUAUGCUCAUUGUGGGGAGGAAAUACGUUGACUGAUUCAAGUAUUAAUGAAAAGAAGAGGCUCUUCACGUCACAACAGAAGAUCAAUGUCUUUAAUCAA